AUGUUCGCCAUAGGUUUCGGUUUUUUCGGCUAUGUUAGUCUCAUGAGUGUUGUAAAGCGUGGUGAGGUGCAUGAGUUCGCAGUGAAGGAGUUGACGAACGACUACCCCAACGAUGGAACAAGUCGUGUUCAAAUGGAGUCCGAAUUUGGUAUUCGAAUGUCCGGGUGUCAGUUUGCUGUUAUCACCUAUGGAGUCGUUGCUAUGGGCGACUGUGUUCGAAUUUUAAUGGAAAUAAUGGAUGGUUCGGUGGAAGAGUUUAAAUACAUAUAUGAAAAGGUUCACAAAAAAAUCACUUCAGAAUUGAACAAAUUUCGGUUGGAGUUGGAGGCUGAUAAUGUUGGUAUUGCAACAAAAAUUGAGCAUCGCGUAAGGACAUACCUUAAUAUUAAGGAUCCUGCUCAGAAGCAUGCGGCUCGUUUCUAUGGUGUGAAUCGUAAUACUUAUCGGAGAAAUCCGUUUGCUUCUGAUCAGGACAAACGCUACUUUGUUCAUAAAAAGCGUAUGUAUCCCCUUAGCGGUCUAACUAGUAGUGGUCGAGCUGCUAUACGUCACCCAAAGACCAGUUCAUUUGCUUCUGAGGAAUCAUCGCUUUCCAUAAUAUCCGAUGGUCCAAAUAGACUUAUUCCUUCAUCUGAUAAUCUUCAACAGAUUUCUGGUGCUGAUAGCAUUAAUUCUAUAGAUCCAAAUUUGCAAGAUAGCGAAUUCGGUCCCUUCACCUCUGAAAUUGGUGAUGAGUUCCUUGCUGAAGAUGAAGAAGAUGAUCCGAUUCAGUUUGAUGCACUUCCGAGGCGGUCGCGCUUUAUUGGAACUCCUCAAAUUCCCUCUGCGGAUAAUUCUAGGUUACAUCGUGGAGGUCACUCUCCGUUUGUGAGCAAUUCUGAUACAGAAAACCUUGGUGGCGGUGUCAACACAGGUGGUCAAAUAAUCGCAGAGUUUCAACCUUCGUCAAUCGAUGAAAUGCUGGUCAAUACUUCCACACCCUCUCCGAUUGUGAAAACGGGAGAGAGUCCGCGUUGGAUAAGUAGUGGUACUCCCGACAACGCUAACACCAACAAAUCCCGACGUGCUGCCGCACAACAUUCCCGACGUCCUAGUCAAAUCAGUGUUCCUGAUAUGACUGCUGAUGAUAUCAACUCAUAUCACUAUGCCAACAUUUCUCAAUCACCUUCCAGACUUCUACAACAACAACAGCAACAACAACAACAACAAGACAAUCAAGAUCUUGGUGGUGGAGCUUCCAGCGAUCCUGAUAAUCGGAAGUACUGUUUCUGUCGAGAUGUUAGCUAUGGAGAAAUGAUCGCUUGUGAUGCUCCCAAUUGCCCAGUAGAAUGGUUUCAUUACCCUUGUGUCAAUCUAUCUGUAGCUCCUAAGGGGAAAUGGAUUUGUCCUCUGUGUUCCUGCAGUCGAUUUCCCAGUAGUAGUUCCUCAUCUUCUGCUCGAAAAAGAAUUAGACGUUGA